AUGGCUUCUCUUCCAUACGCCGCCGGUUCCUCCUUCCAUCACCGCCCUUAUCCCCCCACUGUCAUCAAGUACGGCCUGAAGUAUUCCCCCGGCGCCGUCUCUUGCAAAGCUACCAACGGGCCGGCGACCCGACGAGACUUACUGCUGGCAGGCGGGCUCUACGGUGCGGCCGCCCUCACCCAAUCACCACCGCCGCCGCCAGCACUCUCCGAGCCAAUCAAGGCACCUGACACGACCGAAUGUGGGCCCGCGGAUUUGCCGGUCGGAGCCACGCCGACCAACUGCUGCCCGCCUCCCACCACGCGCUACAAGGACUUCGUUCCUUCCGCUCCCACCUUCCAGCCGCCACGCUUCAGGCCGGCGGCUCACCUCGUCGACAAGGCCUACGUUGCCAAGUACGAGAGAGCCGUCGCGCUGAUGAAAGCUCUCCCCGCCGACGACCCGAGGAACUUCAUGCAGCAGGCGAACGUGCACUGCGCGUACUGCGACGGCGCGUACGAGCAAGUAGGGUUCCCGGAGCUGGAAAUCCAAGUUCACAACUCCUGGCUCUUCUUUCCUUGGCACAGGUACUAUCUCUACUUUUACGAGAAGAUCUUGGGGAAGCUGAUCGGCGACCCAACAUUCGGUCUACCGUUUUGGAACUGGGACAACCCGGCCGGGAUGCAUCUCCCGGCCAUCUACGCCAACCCGAAGUCCCCGCUCUACGACCCGCUCCGAAACCCGAACCACCAGCCGCCGACCCUGAUCGACCUCGACUACAGCGGCGAGGACGUCACCAUCCCGGCCAAGGACCAAAUCACGAGAAACCUCACCAUCAUGUACAGACAAGUGGUGUCCAACGGCAAGACGCCCACACUGUUCCUCGGGAGCCCCUACCGAACCGGGGACGAACCGAACCCAGGACCCGGUUCCUUCGAGUCGACCCCACAUGGACCGGUUCACUUAUGGACCGGAGACCCGAGCCAGCCGAAUGGAGAGGACAUGGGUGAUUUCUACUCGGCGGCGAGGGACCCGAUCUUCUUCGCCCACCACGCGAACAUCGACCGCGUGUGGAACGUGUGGAGGACGUUCGGAGGAAUGAGGGGUGACUUCAGCAGCCGCGACUGGCUGGACGCGUCGUUUUUCUUCUACGACGAGAACGCCGAACCGGUCAGGGUUAGGGUUCGGGACUGCCUGGACAACAGGAAGAACAUGGGGUACGUGUACCAGGACGUGGGCAACCCCUGGGUGAACUCCAAGCCACAGCUGCCACCCAGUGCUGCAAGGAAGACCGACCAACCGGUUACGACGACGACCAUUGAACCCACGACGUCAUUUCCUGCUGCCCUGGGCAGCGGCAGGAUGAAGGUGGAGGUGAAGAGGACGAGGAAGUCGAGGAGCAAAGAGGAGAAGGAGAAGGAGGAGGAGGUUCUCGUGGUCGAAGGGAUCGAGUACGAUACCCAGGAUUUCGUGAAGUUCGAUGUGUGCGUGAACAUCGGCGACGACGAGGAGGUCACCCCGGUGAGCGCGAAGCUUGGUGGGUGCUUCGUGAAUGUGCCGCAUGGGCACAAGGGAGAUGAAGGGACCAAGUUCAAGAGUUGGUUGAGGAUGGGUGUGAAUGAUUUGUUGGAGCAGUUGGAGCUUGAGGGCGAUGAUAGCAUUAUGGUCACUUUGGUGCCUAGGUCUGGUGGUGCUAACAUUGAUGGCGUCUCGAUUGAGUUUCGUAGCAAUUGA